AACUACAAACUUCCAACCACUACUCUUUCUGUCCCAAAUGAAAGACAAUCCCAAACACUACACGAACUAAAAACUACUACUAUUCAUGGAAUAUCUUUAAAGCUAUCCAUAAUCCAUCCAUUCACUUUAUCUUUUGACUCUAGUGUAUCACCUCAAACAACAAUAGUAACUAAUUCCUUUGCAGUGAGCACUUUUAGUAAGCGGUAAACAAUUCCCAACCUCAUGAUUAAUAGAUGAUGUAAGCAACCACUACGCUACACCUUGUGGUUCCAUCCAUUCACUUUGAUAAAUUACCUACCAUUGCAAUCACACAACACAAUAACUAUAAAUCUAGUUAUGCAACCCCAUGAUUGAGCAAUUGAUUGGAAACUAAAAGCCGCCAAGGUUAUUUCUUGUGCCUAAGGGUUGCCAUAAUAGAACUUAAUUGCCAUUUAACAAAAGUAUGCCAAAGCAAGUGGAAAACGUGUCUUUCUUAUCCAAAUCAAAGAGAGGGAAAUAUAUAAAUUUGGAGAUUGAUGAGUUGAGGAAUCAAAUCAACUUCAAUAUUGUGAGUGUUUUUGGUAGCUUGCAGCAACAACUAAUAAUACUCAAGCAGAAAGGGUCCCUAAACCCUCUGUCGUUACGUGUCAGCAUGAAAUCCUCAUAUCAGCUGCAUUCAAAUUUUACCAUCUGCCAAACAACUAGAGAGAACAAGCAAAAAGAAAAAUUUCUGCAGGCAAUGCAUAAACCAAGAGAGGAGAAUCUUUCUGGCUGUUUGGGUUUUAGUCCCUCCUUUUCUUUUGCAAUGUGAACUUCCUUUCUGGGAAAGCAACAGCACAAGGUUUCAAUUCUUGUGCUUGAGCUCCACAGAAAGGAAAGCUAAUUUUAAUUCCAACUCCCCCUUAUUCUGGAUUCUGUUUUUGUGUGAAUAGUGUCCAAAGAAAGGUUCCUGGAAAACAAGGUAUCCAAGCUGAUCAAGUCAAAUCUGAUAAGCGCUUGGCAAACUUGAAGCUAGCUCUUUCUCACAGCACGGGGAUGGCAAAAGCAGAGGAACUGAUAGGAUGAAGCAAAUGAAGAAGUCAAGGUCAGUUAAGUUAUCUGAUUUAGAGGUUUUCCGAUCACCAUCUCCAUGGAGGAGCUUAUCACAACCAAGUAAGCCACCACCUCUUGAUGUUCCAGCCACUGAAGCAUCAUCACAAAAGUACAAUCCUUCAGUAAGAAGGUUGCACAAUUACAUGAAGCCUACUUGCAGUUCAGAUGCAAAAAAGGGGCUUUUGCCGGUGAGUAUUCAGAAUACCCAAUCUGGUUCAGAUGGUAAGAAUCUACCACAAAAAUGUUUGAGUAAUUCCUCUGUUUCUAGCAAAAAACCUUCAAAAACUUUGACCAGAUCAUCUACCUUAAAGCCUUGUAGCGGUUAUCCUAUAAAAUCAACAAUAGCAGUUAAGCAAGAAGAUGUUAAUCCACAAGAGAAAGCUACCUGCUCUUCAACUUUGAAAGACUCCAAGUUCCCCACGUACCUCAUGCUUAAUCCUGGGGGUACCGAGUCUGAGGGAACUUCAGUCAUGAAGGUUUGCCGUUAUACAUAUUGUUCUCUCAACAGUCAUCACCAUGCUCGUUUGCCUCAACUGAAUAGCUUCAUGUCAGCCAGGAGGCGUCUUUUGGAAACUCAGAAGAGUGUAAAGCUGGAAGCUCCUAAAAGAUUGAAGGUUCCCUGUGAGACAAAGAAUGCCUCUGAUAUUGACCAGGUAGCCUUUGAUGGAGAACUUGCAAGUGAUGAAGCAGAUAGGGGUAACCCGACACCCUUGUUGCGAGAAAUUGAUAUGGGUUUCUUUAUUGAAAUCUAUGCCAAGGAAAAGCAACAAGCUGGCAGAAUCGGAAGAUUUGAAUCCGUCAAACACGGUGAGGAUCAAGAAGAUAUCAUGUUUGCGAUUGAGGAAAAUGGCAAGGCAGCAGAAAAUGAUGGAGUCAAGCAAGCUAUUCCAAGCGUACCUCAUGAUCUCCCCAAGUCUGAGACUAGUAUUGAGGAGGAUUUGAAAAACUACUUUGAUGUUGCUGCCAUUGAAGAAGAUGCCAAAGGAAGCCUUCAUCAGAAACAGAAUGCUGAAGUUGCAGAUAAGAACCACUCACCCAGCUGGUUUCAUGAAGAAAUAUGCAUGGGAAGCUACUUCAGUGAGGUUAGCUAUGAUGGGGAAUACAUGGAAAAUAUUGAAUUGGAUGAUUCUGAUUCUCAAGAUACAGAUAUGAAUUGGGAGGAGGAACAGUUUAGUGCAUGUGACUACAAACAAGAAAUUGAUUCUUCUGUCAUCAUGCAGAAGACUGGCUCAAAAUUUGAGGCUUCAUCAGAGAGUUUGUGUGGUAUAUCUGAAAUGUGGUUAGAUGACAUCCUUAGCAACCAUUACGCGGACAUUCUGGUUGAAGUAGCACUCCAAGCAGUCAAAGAAGAGAAAAACACCCAUUUUGAAGCGCAAACACAUGGCACUAAGUCUGUCCUGGAAGACAUCGAGUUCAACACUCAAGAAACAGAUCAUUUGUCCAACGCCGCAAGUCAUGAGCAUGACCAAUCUUCAACAGAGGAAGUAUUUGAGCAUUUUACAAACACAAGAGAUAACAAUAGAGAAAGCGAAAAACACAUGGACAAUGAGGUAAGUUGUGCCUCCAAGGUACUUGAUGAAGAUGCAAUUGAAAAUUGUGAAGGCCACACGAACAGUGAAACUUUUGCGAUUGAUGAGAGCUGUGAAGACAGCAACCCAAGCCUAGAGAUAAAUGAUGAAGGACUUAGCCAGGAGAACCUAAUUAACUUGUCUGCUGAGCCCAAAGAAAGUUCCAUUAUUAUUCAGGACCAGGAAUUGUUGGAGGAAGAUCAAGUUAGGGUCAGUAGGUUCCAUACCAGCUGCGUAGAUAGUGAACAGCAGAACACAGGCAAGAACUGGAAAUGGGCAGUUAGGCACAAGAGACCUGACCAAGAUAAUGAGGAAGUGAGAAGGAUCAACCCUCGAAAGCCAAAUUUUCUUCCCUUGAAUCCUGAUCCAGAACCAGAAAAGGUUGACCUGAAGCAUCAAAUGAUAGAUGAAAGAAAACAUGCAGAUGAAUGGAUGCUUGAUUUUGCAUUGAGACAAGCUGUCACAAAACUUGUUCCAGCUGGGAAAAUGAAGGUAGCACUACUCGUGGAAGCUUUUGAAACAGUAAUGUCAAUACCCAAAUGUGAAGCCCAUAUUAGAAACAAUUCACCUUUUGUUCAUGUAAGACCUAUUCAAGCUUGUAGCUAAUGCAUACUGCUGAGGUUAUAACAUAGGUUUCUUCCUUAUCUUAUUAUUUGAGCAAAUAUUAUGUCGAUCAGGAAGCAGGAGAGUAAGAAAACAAGAAGGAAGCAAAUUUUCAGGAGUAUUCUGCAAGCCUACAAACAGUAACCAGUUAUGCCCCUCCUUCUGAAGCAUGGAGAAAACUCAGCUUGCAGGUUUAAGGGACUCAUACAGGAAAGAGAUGGUGGUUCCCAUAAUCUUCGCCAAUUUGUUUAGUGUACUUUGGUAUUUACUUUCUUGAAGUUAUGUUUGAUGCAACAGUACUUCUAUGUUACAAUAAAGGGUACUAAUGCUCUAGACACGUUAUUUUACUUUAUAUGUAUAAAGCACAAGCAUAUAUAAUAAUAUAUACUUUACACGAUUUUUGUUUUCAUUUUUGUUCAAUCUUUUAUCAUCAAGAAUAAAAGAAAUACAAAUAGUACAUGGUUGUCUUGAAUGGAUAAUUCUAAUAAACUGUUUUUUGGUAGUUCACAUGUAUGUGCAGCCGGAAUUAUACACCCUAGUUAGUAACUUAAUACUUGUAUAGACCAAAUAAAACAAACCCUUCUUCUC